GGAAAUCGCGCCUCCUGUAUACCUGGGAGCCACAGUGGGACGGUAGAUCUCCGACCCCUUGCCUCUGAACUGCCCCCUCCCUGCUGCAGGUCUGCAGCUCCAAACCAAGUUGAGCUCAGACAGACUUUGAAGACGUUUGCUUGAUCGGAGCUUUGCAGAAAAGAAGCGAGGCGCAGGUGUGUCGGAUGAAAGGAAAGGUAAAGCUGCAGCAGCGGCGAGGCGAUGCAGACGGAAUGUACUAACCUGUUACACCUUUUAACUUCCACCCUCUUUCAAAACAAUAGGAGUCAUUUUUUCCUUUUUUUUUUUUUUUUUGGCUGAAUAAGAGGUGUGAUCACAGGUCACCUGUUUUCAGCCUGUUCUUUUUAAGGCGACCUUAUAACCUGGAGUCAUAGACUUUAAAGAUGGAGUGGCGUCAGCAGUCAUCUGUCAGCAGCGAGGAAGCUUAUUUAGAGGCGCAGAGAUGGAUGGAGGCUGUAACUAAGAAAAAAUUUGGGAACGGCGACUUCCGAUCAGCCCUGGAGAACGGAGUUCUGCUGUGUGAUCUGAUAAACAAGAUCAAACCUGGCAUCAUCAAAAGGGUCAACAGGCUCCCAACCCCCAUCGCAGGUCUGGACAACCUUAACGUCUUCCUGAAGGCCUGUGGGAAGCUCGGACUAAAGGAGGCACAGCUCUUUCACCCUGGGGAUCUUCAAGACUUGUCUACAAGAGUGACAGUAAAGCAUCAGGAGACAAACAGGAGGCUGAAAAAUGUUUUAAUCACCAUCUACUGGCUGGGUAGAAGAGCUCAGAGUGAUCGUUUCUAUGAUGGACCUUACCUAAAUUUCAAAGCAUUUGAGGGAUUGUUGGGCACAGCGUUAUACAAGGCUCUGCAGGAAUCAAACAACCCGAAGGGCUCCAACGUUAGAGACAGUGGCUUUGGAGACAGUUGGUACUCGGAGCGAGAGGAAAUCUACUCCCUGAGAGAAGGUGGAGGAGGAGGUAAACACAGGAGGGACGACUCGUUUGAUAGUUUGGACUCGCUGGGCUCCAGACCCCACAGCGCUUCAUCUGACGCCAAUCUUAAAGGCAGCAGCGAAGGUUGUAGUAGCGACACCGAGGCAGACUCCAGCUUCAGGAUGGCUGACAAGAACAGCCUCAGCUACCGCAGGUCGCUAGUCAUCACACCCAAAGUCACCGCCCAGUUUAACCAGUUCCUACCUACCAAAGACAAGCAGUCAGGUUAUGUGCCGGCUCCACUGAGGAAGAAGAGGGCUGAGCGCAACGAGGACAGCCGACGCAGCUGGGCCAGCUCCAGCUUUGGAGAUGAUGAAGGAACGCUCACCAGACAGCAGCAAACACCAGAGAGUUCUGACGGGAGCAAAUCAACAAGCGACAUCCAGGUGGACCCCUCAGUCACCCGGCAGAACCGCUUCGAAGAGCUCCAGAAGUACCGUGAGCAGAUAAAAGACAGCGAGGAUAAGUGGCAGGAUGACCUGAACAAAUGGAAAAACCGGCGCCGGAGUGUGAACUCUGAUAUAGUGAAAAAGAAGGAGGAGCGGGAGAAGAUAGAGCAGAUCACGUACGGCGGCGAGAAAAGGUCCAAGACCUUCAAGGAGAUGCAAGAGGAGAGGGAUAAUAAAGGAAAAAGCAGCAUAGGCAGCCGUUUGUCAUCUCUCUCUCACUUGGAUGACGACGAGGACGUAUUUGACAGACCUGCUGUUCGCACGCCUACCCGAACACUUGCAGCCAGAAGCUACACCAUCGACACUCCAUCAUAUUCCUCUGAGUCCUACAAGCCCUCUGUGAAAGCUGAGGAGCCCCCCGCUGCUUCCCCACCCACUCGUAGAUCACCUUCACCUCCCUCUUCGCCAGAAACUGUGGACAGUCCUGCAGUCAGAAACUCCAUCACCAGCUCCACCAUCACUCCUGCCAACCACAGCUCCCACUCUCAACCAGCUGCUCCACUACAGAAGAGUCCAGCAGAAACAAGCGCAGGUGGAACAAGCAGAGAGAAGGCUGCGAGGGACGGCGCCCCCGCCUCCUCCACCUCCACACAGAAGGAGCCUGAAUCGAGGCCCUCAUUGUUGGGAGCGAAAACUGAGGUGGCGGUCCCCUCUUUUAGUUCAAUCAACAGGCAACGACCACAGUUCAGCUCAAUGGAACCCAACCCUCCAGGGGGGUCUCGAGUUUCCGCCUCUCUCCCCAGGAGCUACCAAAGAUCGGAUAGCGCAAGGCUAAGCUCAGUUGUUGCUCCGAGGCCCUUUGGGACCCAGUCCUCACGCAUCUCCUCUCUUUCCAGAGCCUAUACAACGGACGACUCUCACAAGGGCGUCAACGGCAAUGUUGAUCUUUCUAAAAAGGCGUCAGUCCCCGGCCGCUAUCAUCAGUACAUGAACUCAGGGGAUGAGGAUCAGUCCAGCUCUUCACCCACCAGUGAUGAGGAGGAAGAGGAGGAGGAAAAGAAGGAUACCACAGUGAAAGGCCUGUCCUCUACUCCGAGCAUCAAAGCUGAUCUGCCUCCCGUUAAAAGUGACGUCCCAGUCAGUCCUACUCCAAAGAAAGAAACUAGCAAGGAGGCCUUCUGCGAGAUGCGAAUCAGCCUGAACCAGAAGCCCAACAGCAGCCGGGACUUUGGUUUUCAGGCUGCCUGGGACUCAACAGGAGCUCGGGUCACCUCCAUCCAACCAGGUAGCUCAGCUGAGAUGUGCCAGCUGCAGGUCGGAGAUGAAGUGCUGAAGGUAAACGGGCUCCCAGUGGCACAGAUGAGUUAUGACCAGUGGAAGUCCAGCUUGGAUGAGGCCCUUCAGAAGGGCAGUCUGGUCAUGGAUGUGCGCCGUCACGGCCAGAACAACUGGGACAGAGAUCAACCUUCCCUGCCAUUUAAAAGCCAUAAGACCGUCAAUCUGACCAGUACGGAUCAUCCGAUACUUCUAGGUUCCCCUGAGACAAAGACUGUCAGUUCCAGCCUGGAUUUUACUUCACGUACAGUCACAGAAACGGUGCUGGCUAAAGAACCGCCCACUCUUCCUCUUGUGGACGUGGCUUCAGACAAAGUUAAUGGGGACUUCCGUCAUGAACCAGUGACCAUGAGGAAUAAAGAGUCAGAACCAAUAUCUUUGAAAAACUUUAAACGGAGGUCAGAGUUUUUUGAACAAGGAGGAUCAGAGUCUUCCGUGCCAGAUAUCCCUGUUCCUCCGAUCACUCCAACCUCCUCUAGCCGCUGGUCGUGGGACCCUGAAGAGGAGCGCAAGAGACAAGAGAAAUGGCAAAAGGAGCAAGAGCGCCUCUUACAGGAAAAAUAUAAGCGUGAUCAGGAGAAGCUGCAGGAGGAGUGGCUGAAGGCCCAGCAGGAGAUUGUGACAAGCGGAGGCGACCAACAGCAGCCUAGGAGUCUCCAGGUGAACCACGGUGUGAGUCCACAAUCGCCCCCAUCUUCUGUCCAGCAGCCCACACCUACUCUGUGGGAGGAGGAAGAGAAGCAGAGGAAGAUGGAGCAGGAGCGACAGCGGCAGGCAGCGGAGAGGAGAAGGAGGGAAAUUCAGGAGGAGGAGGAGCGGAAAAGAAGGGAAGAGAGGGAGGAGGAGUUGAGAAUGCAGAGGAUGAAAGAUGAAGAGCUGAGGAGGAAAGAGGAGGCCAGGGAGCAGGAGAGAAGGCAGCUGGAGGCGGCAGAGCAGCAGCGCAGGCAGAAAGCCUUUGAGCAGCAGAGGUGGGCUGCUGUCUCCCACGACUUUGACAGUGCUCAGCCUUCGCUGUCCUUCACUGACAGGGCAAAAUCUCAGUCGUCCCCCCAGCUUGAUGAGGACGACAAGCCUCAGAGGAGAGAUGCGGUGACAGGAAGCGGAGCUUCUGAGAAGAAGAGUCAACAGUCUCUAUCCCAGGCUGAGUUGGAGCGGCAGCAGAUCCUCAAUGAGAUGAAGAAGAAGACCCCUCUCUUGACGGACAACAGUUGGAUCCGUCAGCGCGCCGCCAGCACAGCCAUCAACAGGGAGAGCGAGGUGCCACCCAUGCGCAGAGGGGAAUCUCUUGACAACUUGGACUCCUACAAUACUCGGCACUCGUCAUGGACCGCCAGGAGCAACUCUUUUGCUCCAAACUACUCUCGGCCUUAUUCUGGCUACUCUGGAAACUCUUCUUUUUAUUCCGGAGUGUCGGGGGGCCGUCGGGCCGUUUCCUCCACUUUACCCUCCUCCUACUCUACUGACUCCCUCCGAGGUGGGGCAGGAACCCACCCAGCACCUUGGUCCCGUACACCCCUCUCCCCUUCUACUCCAUCGCCAACCGUCUCUCCAGACCUCACAUCUGAGGCUUAUCAGCAGCGGAACAGGUCAGUGAGUGGCAGGAAAAUCUGCACGUUCUGCGACACCCCGCUGGGAAAGGGAGCAGCCAUGAUCAUCGAGUCCCUUGGGCUCUGUUAUCAUUUGAACUGUUUUAAGUGCAUCGACUGUAAAUCAGACCUCGGUGGAACUGAGGCCGGAGCUGAAGUCAGAAUACGAAACAAACAGCUCUACUGUAACACUUGCUACAUGCGAUUCAAAACCGGCCAGCCAUCAGCUAUGUGAUGCAGGCGUGCUGCAGCAAAUCGACGAGGAAACUACAUGUGACAACAACCCAUGAACUUUAACGUAUUGAAAGCCAUUGCAAUAAUUAUACUGAUGAGAAACAUAUUUGCCAUUAUGCGCCAUGAGUGAGAAGAAUUCAAUGGAGUUAUCUACUUGUAUCAUCAUAUUGUAUCACACACUAUAACUGUACAGAUGUUCAAGGAUUCUACAUUCCCUAUUGUUUUUUGUGUGUUUUUAAGUCUAUCUCUGGGAGAUUCCAGAGUAAGAGCUUGACUUUCAGCUUUUAGAUAUUUUUUUUGUAAAUGUGACGAGAGAAACCUGCAGGAUCAUGCUUCUUUUUUUGUGGUAUUAAAUUCCCUGUUAAGAAACAAAAAGGUUUGAUUUUCAUGUGUUUGUGGCUUUUUGUUUGUUAGAGAGAAGUAAAUACAAUUAUUAGGAUUCUUUUAUGCAUCUUGUUUGAAAAUAUUAUCUGCUUCGACCGCACUUUUUACAUUAAGACUUCACAUCAUUCUCGAUUAAGGCAGAGCAACUCUGUAAAUAAAUGACUUAAAGCUUACCUUUUGAGGAGUCU